AUGGCAGAAUCUACGGAAGAAAAUGCUGUGGCUAGCAGACGAACUUUAGACAAGAUUUGCUACUCGUAUUUACCCGUAUUAGGGGCUGCAAGUCACACGCUGUUUGCCGUACACAUGCUUGACAGGAAUCUACUACCAAGGUUGUUCCCAAGAUGGCAUCUCGGUGUCGCCAACAGUCUUCUCUUCAACUCUCACCUCGGCGUUGGGCUCUACAUCUUCAAUCGUCCCUCUCUGCGCGCCGCUACCAUGCAACAGCGCAUCCUCUGGAGCGUUUACAGCAGUGCCAUGUUUAACUUUGGCUCUGUGCUUCUGUUUGCGACGGGGAAGCAACUGCUGACGGAAGACAGAUUUGUUGGGACUCUCUACGCCAUGUCGGCCAGUCUGUGCUUUCUGGUCGUUGGAAAACAGUUCUUUGAUUUCUUGGACUCUCGAAUAUGAAGAUACUCUGGGGAAAAGGAUGGCUCAACUCAAACCCUCUUAGUCUUGAAUCAAGACUCCUCCUAUUAUUGAUAUAUUUGCCCAUGAUCUAUGGCCACAAGAGGGCUCCCUUCCAACCUUAAUACAUUUAUAUGGCGCUUAAUCUGUUUGCUCUAAGGUGCUUCACAAGAGUAAUAAUAAUACUAUAGCAUUUAUUAGGCGCACUUUACUGAAAACAUUCAAAGGCGCCAGUCUUGAAGAAGAGUCAUAGCAGUUUAUGAUAGCGAUUAUUUGCUUACAGAGCCCUCUAUCGACAAGGCAUUAAACAACAGGAGUAGAGCUUUCUCGAUUAUAAAACAACAGGAGCGUCUUGAACGAAGACUACAAACCCAUUCGUGGGAUAGGUUGCUCAAAAUGUAAUUGAUUCAUCUAAUUUACCCAAUUUUACAUUUGUUUAUCUGCAUUAUUGCAAAUUACAGCCCUGUAGCCUAAUCAUGGCCUUUUGCUUGAUGAGCCAUUAUUAGCCUUAAUGUUCUGUUUUUUCACCCCUCUUUUUUACUCUCAUUUUUUGACAUAAACAGUAACCAGUACUAUGGAAGUUAAAGCCUAGGGGUUAUUAUCCACUGCAUGCCAUGUAGCCUUCUAGUUGCAGUGUCAUUAUAAAAGUAGAUGACAUAUCUAGGAGGACAAGUGCAUUAAUUGAAAACAUAUGUAUAUUUUAAAUAAUAAUUCUCUUCAAAACUAAGAUAUCUGUAUCACAAUGGCUGCCAAAAUUAGCAAAACUUGUCUAGCUUGACUAUGCACAAAGUUGAAAUUAGAUUAAUUUAAUGAUCAUUUAAAACAAAUUUAAACUUCUAAUUAUUUUUAAAGCAGUAGUACAGGUGUGGAGUUUCAUCUUUGAGAGUGCAACGGCACUUCCAUUAGUAAAUCUUAAAGUCUAUGGGAAACUUUUGAAGGGGCACCAAGGUCAUGCACAGAAGACAACAGAGGCUAUGUCAGCAGGCGGGCCUGGAAUUUCAUAUAAUAUGAGAGGGCAAGGCCAGUUUCGUUCUUCCAUUGGGAAAUAAUUAUUAGUUAUGGGAAACUUUUGAAGGACAACAGAGGCUAUGGCUUCCCUUACCAGGGGCGGAUUGCAAUAAAACGGUCUUAGUCAGCGGUCUAAGACCAGUCAGUUAUAGCAGGCUAUCUGCCUUAGACGGUCUUAGCUUAGUCAGUCAUAAAGCCUGUUGCAAUAAGACAGUCUUAGAUAAGUCAGCGAAAAGUAAUGCAAUACGAACCAUCGUCCCAUAAGCACUUCUGCAGGCACUGGCGGUAUGGCAUUGUUCUUAUUGCUUUGGUUUGAAUCAUCGGAUAUCCAAUCUCUGAGUUGUAUAAUUUUUACUGUUGGGAACAUGACACUUACGAUACAAAGUAUCAUCAUCAUAAUGCCUCUAAUGGGUGUAAUCUAUUUCUAAAACACAAUCUCAUCCUAGAGCUCUUUGUAUCAAAUCAUCUACAACUAACAAAUGCAGCACCAGGCUUAAGAUUUAAGACUGGCUAUAAUUAUAGACCACGCUAUUGCAAUCGGUCUAUAAUUAAAGACUGUCUAAGCGUGUUUCAAGUUAGCCGGCUAUAGCGCAUAGACCGGCUUAAGACCGCUUGGUGCAAUCCGCCCCAGGUCUUGUAGUAUGGUAAGAUGCACUUGCCUUUUUACUUCUGAAAUAAUAAUAUAAAUAAUAAAAAAUAAUGGAUAAUUGUUUUUGCAAAGGAUAUGAUGGUGUUGAAGCACGGAACAUAAAAUAAUGUGUAGACAGUGUGCAAAGCAAAGCUGACUUUGUUGGAAUUAUUUUACCAAUUAUCAGUAAAAACCAUUGCCUAAUUAUUAGAAAUAAACACAACUUUUAACUAAAACACCAACAAAUGUGAAGUGAUUUGAAAAGUCUUUGUGUCACAUAAUAGCAUAUUUUGUUGUUAAACAACCUACACUGGGCAUUGUA